GAAGAAAGAGCGAGCUCGAGUCGGUCAAAUAACUUAAGCAUCUCCUCUGCCGCUCGAUCUAUCUCACUUUCUCUCUCUCACGAAGAAGAAGGAAAGAAAAAAGAAACCCUAGAUAAUCCCCUGCAACAUGUCUGGUACGUACGGUCACGAGGGCGACGGAUAUGGCGGCGGCGGAGGAUAUAACGGUAGCUAUGGAGGCGGCGGCGGCUAUGGUGGUGGUGGUUACGGUGGAGGCGGUGGCCGAGGUGGUGCCGGUGGCAGAGGAGGAGGUGGUGGUGGAUAUGGGAAUCGAGGCGGUGGUGGCGGCGGAUAUCAAGGAGGAGAUCGUAGCGGUAGAGGUGGUGGUGAUAGGGGGAGCGGCCGGGAUGGCGAUUGGCGUUGCCCUAAUCCAAGCUGUGGGAAUUUGAACUUUGCAAGAAGAGUUGAGUGCAACAAAUGUGGGACAUCCUCUCCUGCCGGUUCUGGAGAUCGUGGUGGCGGCAGUUAUAGAGGACAUGGUGGUGACCGAGGUGGUAGAGUUGAUAAUUAUGAUGGUGGAAGUGGUGGAGGCAGUAGAGGUGGUUCAUAUGGUGGUAAUCAAGGAAGAGAUGAGGGUGGGUAUGGCCAAAUUUCUCAGGUUGCACCCCCAUCUUAUGGUGCGUCUGGCGGCAGUUACCCACCACCUCCGAACACUUACGGAGGGAACCCUAAUUAUGGAACAGAUGCAGUUCCUCCACCUACAAGCUAUACUGGUGGGCCUAAUUCAUAUCCCCCAUCAUAUGGUGCCCCUGUUGGUUAUGGAGGUGAUGCUAUAGGUGAUGCACGUAAUGGUGGGCGUGGUGGUCGAUCUGGUGGAUAUGAUAGUGGGUAUGGUGGUGCUCCACGAAACUCUGGAGGUGGUUCUCCUGUUGAGGCUCCUGUGACGGUGAAGCAAUGCGAUGAUAAUUGUGGGGAUUCCUGUGACAACUCAAGAAUUUACAUCUCAAAUUUGCCUACAGAUGUGACUGUUGAUGAAUUGAGAGACCUUUUUGGAGGCAUUGGACAAGUCGGGAAAAUCAAGCAAAAGCGAGGCUUUAAGGACCAAUGGCCUUGGAAUAUCAAAAUAUACACAGACGAGCAGGGAAACAACAAAGGAGAUGCAGUUUUGUCUUAUGAAGAUCCAUCUGCAGCACAUUGUGCUGGCGGUUUUUAUAAUGGUCAUGACUUGAGGGGUUACAAAAUAAGUGUUGCGAUGGCUGAGAAGUCUGCUCCAAAGGCUCCUCCUGCAUCUGGUGGCUGGGGUGGUGGUAGAGGCGGUAGAGGUGGAGGAUAUGGGGGUGGUGGAGACAGACGCAGAGACAAUUACAGAGAUGGUGGAGGAUCAGGUCCAGAUAGAAAUAAUCGUGGUGGAAACCGUGCUCGCCCAUAUUGAAGUUCAGAGGAGCAAUUUUUGUACUAAAUAUUGUGUUUGAAGUGAUUUAAUUAAAAUUCCGUUUGCGGGGUUGUCCUCAUACCGGAGACAAAGAGGUAGGUUGUUCAAUGGUAGGUUGUUCACUUACUCUGAGCAAUGCCCCUUUUCUCCUUUUUAAUCUUCUGCUACAUGGAGGGGGUUUUAUAUUUAAGUUUGGGAUUGAUUUGAACUGUGUGAAUGUUUUUAUAGAGACAAGUGGAUAUUCUCCAAAUUGCUGCUAAGGUAGGUUGAAAUUUUCAGGUGAGUGUUUGCUCCAUCUAAAUUGCAUCUAUCUAUGUAUAAAGCAAAAGGGGCUUUCUAA